UCAUCCCAGUCUGCGUGGCACACCCCUCGCGAUGUUAGCUGCGCAGUGCAAUAAAUUGUCGAGCAAAUCACCUCCUCCGCUGGCCGACGCCGCUGUAGGUAAAGGCUUCCACCCUUGGAAGAAAAGUCCCACAUCGCCGUCGAGCGGUGGCGGCAGCAGUGGCACAUCCAGUGGUUCUCUUUCCGGCGCUGCUGGAGGACAGCAUUCGCCAUGCACCAUCUCUUCCGCUUCGUCGUCCUCCGGUUCGGGCUCGUCAGCUAGCAGUUUGGGCUUGGGCGGCACUUCAUCUGCGGCCUCAUCGCGCAGUCUACCCUCGUCCAGCAUCAAUACAAUGGUCAACAUCACUGCUAGCAUUUAUCCUUACAGUCGUCCGAUUCCAUCGUCUUGCGCCGCGGUCAGCAAUCCCUCAGCCUACGGUGGUGAUUUGUAUUUUCCGAAUACGAGCAGUGCCGGCGGCGGCAUGGUAGCCGAUAAUCAUCAUAUGCAUCAGGGUCUGCUGGGCAAGGUGGAAGGUGCCACAUUCGGUUCGGUGUACUCACGUCAUCCCUAUGACUGGCCAUUCAAUGCCGUCAGCCAUAAAGCGGCCGAAGCAGCAAGCGUUAACUCUGGCUGGUGGGAUAUGCACAGCGCUGCGGGUAGCUGGCUGGAUAUGGGUGGCGCCGGCAUGCACUCAACAAUGGCCAAUUACGCCACAGCCGCCGGUUCCGACUACUCAUCCGCGCUGUCACAUUCGCUCUCCAACACCGCCCACCUGCUGGGCUCCGGUCAGCAUCUGCUGCAGGACACAUACAAGAGCAUGUUGCCCGGCCAGGGCGUGGGUGGCUUCUCGCUGCCACACAGCUCACCAUCGGCCGGCUCCACUGCGGCCUCGCCGCAAGCAUCCACGCCAUCAACACCAUCGCCACGUUCGCAGCGACGCUAUGCCGGCCGCGCCACUUGCGAUUGCCCCAAUUGUCAAGAAGCUGAACGGCUUGGCCCAGCUGGCGUGCACUUGCGCAAGAAGAACAUACACUCGUGCCACAUACCUGGCUGUGGUAAAGUGUACGGCAAGACGUCGCAUCUGAAGGCACAUCUGCGCUGGCACACCGGCGAGCGUCCGUUCGUUUGUAAUUGGCUCUUUUGCGGCAAACGUUUCACCCGCUCCGAUGAGCUGCAACGCCAUCUGCGCACACAUACGGGCGAAAAGCGUUUCGCUUGCCCCAUCUGUAACAAGCGCUUCAUGCGCAGCGAUCACCUAGCCAAGCAUGUGAAGACGCACAACGCCACCGGUCAGGGUGGCAGUAUGAAGAAGGGUUCAUCAGAGUCGUGCAGCGAUUCGGAGGAGCCCGGAAAUCAGUCAGGCGAAUCGAAUGGCCUAUCUGGUGGCAAUGGCCAGCAGAGUGGUAGCAAUAGCCAUCCGGGUACGCCAAAUUCACAUCAGUCAGGUGGAAAUACAACACCCACUGGUGGGCUGUUGUCCAGCGGCUUGCAUCUUUCAUCGCCACACAAUAUGUCCGGUGGUUCGCCAGUGAUGCUACACGCGCACCAACAACAACAUCAUCAACAGCAGCAGCAGCAGCAGCAACAGCAACAACAACAGGCGCACGCGCAAGCGCAAGCGCAGGCACAGGCACAAGCGCAGGCGCAACUGCAACAUCAUCAGCAGCAACAACAUGCACAUGCGCAUGCGCAUUUGCAUCAACAUCAUCACCAUCAUUUGCUGGGAAGCUCGGCGCCCAGUCCGGGUUUGGAUCAUCACAGCACGCUGGUGGACAUAAAGCCACCGAUGGUUUGAGGUUCAUUGGGACCCUUUCUAUUUACCAACUGAGGUGAGAUCGAGAACGGGUCCUACGAUGAACUAUUUUGGCAACUGAUGAGCUGAAGGAAAACCGCCCGCAGAUGAGAUGCAUUGGUAGUGUAGAGGAGGCGGCUGAAAUACCAGUGAGGUGGAAUAUGGAUAACGAAUUGUAAAUAGGCUUGUAACAUUGUGUUGUUGUAAAAUGUAAAACAAUCAAAAAUGCUAAACUAAAUGUACAACAAAAGUUAAAGAAAAAAAAAUCCUUAAGUAAACUGCAAACCCGAUUUUAAACAAGAAUUCUUGUAAUUAUAAAGUAUGAAAUUCUAUUUCAAAAUCAAUACAAAUUUAUUUAAAUAAAUGUAGUUUAAGAAAAAGUAUGUAUACCGAAAAAAAAUAAUCA